AUGUCUGACCACGAAGAACCUAACCCUUCUCCCUCUGAACGAAAGAGGUCUCUUCCUUCUGACGACGAAGAAGACGACCUUAGUUUUGACGAAGGAAGAGCUAGGUAUAAACGUCCCGCCUUAAACAAUUCUGGUGGAGAGGAUGAUGCCUCUUCAGAAGGUAAUGCAGAAGAAUCCUAUCGGGAACCUCAUGUGGAAGAAAGAGCUGUCUCACCGUCAGAAUCCCCAGAUGCUAUGCUAGAUGUAAAUGUUCGUUCUCCGGCCGCCGUUGAUAAGGAAAAAAACGCUGAGUCAGAAUCUACUCUUGCCACUAUUUCUCUGCGUGCACUUGUCACAACUAAAGAAGCAGGUGUCAUCAUUGGAAAAGGUGGAAAAAAUGUUUCUGAAAUUCGAGAUAGAUCUGGUGCUAAAGUAACCAUAUCAGAAAUGGUUCAAGGGGCAUACGAAAGAAUUUUAACUGUUUCUGGACCAUUAGAUACUGUUGCAAAGGCUUUCGCUUUGGUUGCUCGGAAAGUCUUGGAUGAGAAUUUAGACACACCUUCUACUCCAAAUUCAAAGUCCACCACAAUCAGACUACUUGUUCCUCAUUCUCGUAUGGGUCCCGUUAUUGGAAAGGGAGGUUCUAAAAUUAAAGAAAUUCAAGAAAAAUCCGGUGCAAGAUGUCUUGCAUCUGAAGAGAUGCUUCCUCAAUCCACAGAACGAACGAUUUCUAUUACCGGUGUUCCUGAUUCUAUUCACAUUGCAGUAUUUCAUGUGGGAGAGGAGCUCGCCAAACAUCAAAAUGAUCGUAAUACUGGAAUCACUCAAUAUCGACCCCAACCACGGAUUCUUUAUCCUCAUGCAGCACCAGUAGGAAAUCAUCCAUUUUAUGUCGGACUUCCUCCCGGUCCUCCUUAUGGACGUGAAUUCUUACAUGGACCUCCAGGACCUAUUAAUCAUCAACCUCCACCAGGAUCUCAAGCUCAACAAAUAUUUAUUCCUAAUGAUAUGGUUGGUUGCAUCAUUGGAAAAGGAGGUAGUAAAAUAAACGAAAUUAGACACCUUUCUGGUUCACACAUCAAAAUCGCCGAACCACAUGGAAAUACCAAUGAACGAUUGGUUACUAUUACCGGAACCCCAGAAUCAAAUCAAAUGGCACUUUAUCUACUUUAUAGCCGUCUCGAGACUGAAAGGAGGAAACCUAGCGUUUAA